GUUGGAAAUUGUAUUCAGUGCAUUGUUGAAACUCGGUGUUGAACGCUGCUCUAGAGUAAUAUAAAAAAAAAAACAAUGGCGACGAAAGCAGAUUGGGAGGCCAAUGAGGAGAUACAAUAUUUUCAGGAAUAUCUACAAAUACCAAGUGUGCAUCCAGAUCCCAAUUACGAACCAUGUGUGGCAUUUCUGAAACGGCAAGCCAAAUUGCUCGAUUUGCCCAUACAAGUGCACUAUCCCGCUAAUGAACGCAAUCCAGCGGUGAUCUUAACCUGGCUAGGGAAGGAUCCCACGCUGCCAGCGAUACUUUUGCACUCUCACAUGGAUGUGGUGCCCGUAUUUCCGGAGAAUUGGACACAUCCACCGUUCGGCGCUGAAAUCGACGAUGAAGGACGAAUCUUUGCACGCGGCACACAAGAUAUGAAAUGUGUGGGUAUGCAGUAUUUGGGCGCGAUACGUGCUCUCCAACGGAGCGGUGCACAAUUUACACGCACAAUUCACAUAUCGUUUAUCGCAGACGAGGAGAUGGGUGGUCGCUAUGGCAUGCGCCCAUUCGUGCAUACCGCAGCUUUCAAAAAUCUGAAUAUCGGCUUCUCACUAGACGAAGGUUUGGCAUCGCCCACCGAAGAGCUGCCCGUUUUCUAUGCCGAGCGCAGUGUGUGGCGCGUAUAUUUUCAGAUUUCUGGCACAGCUGGACAUGGCUCACUACUCUUGAAGAACACCGCUGGCGAGAAACUCAAUUACAUUGUCAACAAAAUGAUGUCUAUGCGCGCACAGGAACAACGCAAGUUGGAAAAUAAUCCGGAAUUAACUAUUGGCGAUGUGACCACAAUCAACUUAACGCGCGUUGGCGGUGGCGUACAAAGCAACGUGGUGCCGCCGUUGUUGAUGGUUUGUUUCGAUGUGCGCUUGGCGAUUGAUGUGGAUCAAGUGGAAUUUGAAAAUAAGCUACAUCAAUGGUGCAAUGAUGUUGGUGGCGGCAUUGAACUUGAGUAUGAACAAAAGCGUCCGCGUGUCGCGCCAACAGCCACCGACAAAAGCAAUCCAUUUUGGGUGGCAUUUGAAAGUGCCACGCAGGAAUUGGGCUUAAAAAUAUCCAAGCAAAUUUUUGCUGGUGGCACCGAUAGUCGUUAUAUCAGAGAAGUCGGCAUACCAGCUUUAGGUUUCUCACCGAUGAAUAAAACGCCAGUGUUGUUGCACGAUCACGAUGAGUUCAUUAGAGCAGAUACUUAUUUGCGUGGCAUUGAGAUUUACAAGAAGAUUAUAGCAAAAUUAGCUGAAGCUUAGGUUUAUCAUUUAUAUAAUAUCUCUGUAUAUGAAUGUAUAUCUAUGUAUUAUAGUAUUUAUAUUCGUAAAAAGUAAGUAAAUAAAUAUUACCCUUGUUUAUCAUAUUAGCAUAAAUAA